AAUAAAUUAAAGACUCACAAUGCCACCAAAUUCAUUCAACAAGAAACACCAAAAGCCUCUCACAUCUCUCGAGAAGCUUAAAAAGAAAAAGAAGCAACAGCUUAUUCAGAAAGCUACUGUCAAGGCUCAAUAUUACAAGACGCUUGCAAAAGAAAAGCCUGAUCUCGAUGCACCUGAUUAUGUCAAAGAAAUCUUUGCAGAAAAGACGAUCGAUGAGGAUGGCAAUGUAGUUGAAUACAACACAAACAAGGGAACAAAACGUAAGGCAGAGGAACAAACAGUAGAAGAGGAACGUGAGUAUGAUCUUGACGAAGAAUCAUCAUCAUCGGAAGAAGAGGACGACGAAGACGAACGCAACAACAACAAAAACAAAUCUACCAAGAAACAAAAGAAGCAACAAGAUGCUGAGCCAAAACAAUUCAAGCCAAAUCCUUUCAAGGCUCAGCUGGAAGUUCAAAAGAGAACAAAGGAAGAGGCAUUAAAGGCCAGAGAAGAAAAGGAAAAGAUGUACGAGGAAAAGAAUAAGGCACGAGCAAAUUACUAUCGCGAACGUAACCAGGUGCGCGGCAAGAUGAUGGCAAAGAACAAGCGAGGCCAACCAAAUUUGGCUACCCAAAUGAACGUAUUGCUCGAAAAACUCCAGAAGCAAAAAUAAACAAUACAAACAUAUAGAUAGAUAGAUAGAUAGAUCAAUCAUUUGCUUUCAUUUUACAUAUAUCUUGAAAUUCUCCAAUUUUCAAAUCAAUUCAUUGCUAUUUUUCUUUCUUUCUUUUACCUUUCAU